AUGCGGUUUAUACCAUUGGGUUCUGGUGCAGUGGGAGUUGUGUCAAACAGUUUUCAAGGACGAUACGUUCAGCUUGGAACCCCACAUUGAGCGAACAGGGGUAUAGACCGGUAUAUGCACAAGACAUGGUGGUGCAACUAGACGUCGUAUACAAGAUUCCUCGCUGGUGUUUGAUAUAACGGCAGAAGAUGGACGUGGCGGUCACGAUCGGGCCAGACAACCUGCUCCAGGUCAACGGAGCUGACCAGGGAGCCAGUCGCUGGAAGCAGCCCAACGACGAUUCGGACCGCAGCUCCAGUCCAUCUGUCUUGCGCUGUGUAAGCAGUACGUGGAAGGAGGGUUUGCUGAACAGAAAGAGGCCGUUUGUGGGCCGCUGCUGCCACUCCUGCACACCGCAGAGUCAGGAGAGACUCUUCAAUCCCAGCAUCCCCUCACUUGGACUGCGCAAUGUGAUUUACAUCAAUGACACACACACCAGGCACCGUGGCUGGCUGGCUCGCCGGCUGAGCUAUGUGCUGUUUGUCCUGGAGAGGGACGUCCAGAAGGACAUGUUCGCCCGCAAUGUGGUGGACAACGUGCUCAACAACAGCAGGGUGGAGAGUGCCAUUGUGGAGGUGGCCACUGAGUCGGACCCCGCGGUCGCAGAGUCCGAGGUGGAACACAAGGCAGUCAGCAAGGUGAGGCGAAAAGCCAGAGGUUUCCUGCAGGAGAUGGUGGCCAACAUCUCACCAGCCUUCAUCAGGUUGACAGGAUGGGCACUUCUCAAGCUUUUCAAUGGCUUCUUCUGGAGCAUCCAGAUCCACAAAGGCCAGUUGGAGAUGGUGAAGAAAGCCGCUACAGAGUACAACGCUCCCCUCGUCUUCCUACCUGUACACAAGUCACACAUCGACUACCUGCUCAUCACAUUCAUCCUCUUCUGCCACAACAUCAAGGCCCCCCACAUCGCUGCCGGCAACAACCUCAACAUCCCCAUAUUCAGCACACUGAUACGUAAAUUGGGAGGAUUCUUCAUUCGCCGGAAACUCGACGAGACGCCAGAUGGAAAGAAGGAUGUCUUGUACAGAUCUCUGUUACAUGCAUACACGGAGGAGUUACUGAGGCAGCAGCAGUUCCUGGAGAUCUUCCUGGAGGGCACUCGCUCCCGCAGUGGCAAGCCGUCACCGGCGCGCGCCGGCAUGCUGUCCAUCGUGGUGGACGCCAUGUGCACCGGCGCCAUCCCCGACGUGCUGGUGGUGCCCGUGGGCAUCUCCUACGACCGCAUCCUGGAGGGCAACUACAACAGCGAGCAGCUGGGCAAGCCCAAGAAGAACGAGAGUCUCUGGGGCGUGGCCUGCGGGGUUUUCCGGAUGCUGCGCAAGAACUACGGCUGUGUGAGGGUGGACUUCACCCAGCCCUUCUCUCUGAAGGAGUACCUAGACGCACAAAGAAGUCGUCAUAUUCCACCAACCCUCACCCUGGAACAGACCUUGGUGCCCACCAUAAUCGAUGCACAGCCCAACCAGGCCCAGUUCGAGGGCGAGCAGGAGGAGCAGCCCAACAUCAGGGACCUGUCGGACGAACCCUGGAGGAGGCAGUUCAUAAGCAACCUGGCCAAGCACGUCCUCUUCACGGCUAACAAGUCCUCUGCCAUCAUGUCCACCCACAUCGUAGCCUGCCUGCUGCUGUACAGACACAGGAAGGGAGUGGCAUUGUCCAAGCUGGUGGAGGACUUCUUUAACAUGAAGGAGGAGAUCCUGUCGCGGGACUUCGACCUGGGCUUCUCCGGCAACUCCGAGGACGUGGUCAUGCACGCCCUUCACCUCCUGGGGAACUGCGUCAACGUGACCAGCACCAACCGCAACACCGAGUUCGCCAUCGCCCCCAGCAGCAAGGUGCCGGCACUGUUCGAGCUCAACUUCUACAGCAACGGCCUCUUCCACGUGUUUAUCUCAGACGCCAUCAUAGCCUGCAGUGCUCUGGCGUUGCUGAGGGAACAGGCGGUGUCUGAGGUGGAGGCGGGGGGGGAGCAGGGCGGGCCCGGCACCCUCCUCAGCCAGGAGAGGCUGAUCCGCGUGGCCGCCGGCCUCUCCCACUUCCUGACCAAUGAGGUGGCAGUGGCACCGCCCUGUCAGACGAUCUAUCAGGUCUUCCACGAUGCUGUCAGCCGUUUGAUUCAGUAUGGAGUUCUCUAUGUGGCAGAGGAGGACCAGGAGGAGCUGAGUCCCACAGAAGAGCCGUGGCCUAAGAAAUUCCCUGAACCACUGUCAUGGAGGAGCGACGAGGAGGACGAGGACAGUGACUUCGGAGAGGAGCAGAGGGACCGCUACCUCAAGGUUAGCAUGUCCCCCGAGCACCAGGAGUUCUUCGUCUUCCUACAGCGCCUCCUUAGCCCUGUGCUGGAGGCCUACAGCGGGGCGGCCAUCUUUGUCCACAGCCUGAGCCAGCCCAUGGCCGAGCCUGAAUACACGCAGCAGCUCUUCCGCUACCUGCUCGCGCGCACCGAGAAGGGAGUGGCUGCAUACGGUGAAAGUGCGACACACUACCUCGUGAAGAACACCGUGAGAACAUUUAAAGAACUUGGGGUGCUGAAGGAGAGGAGGGAGAACCGUGUGUCAUUGGUGGAGCUGAGCAGUACUUUCCUACCUCAGGUGAACCGGAAUAAGCUGCUGCAUUACAUCCUGGGCUUUACCCUCCUGUGACCUACGACCUUCCCACCUGGCUCCCCCCACCCCAUCAACCCUUCAAAAGGGCUUUUACUGGCUAGUUCUAACCAAUCAGAGGUGCUAUUCCAUGGAAAGCUUUACCAGGAAGUGCCUUUUGUGAAACCGCUAACCGUCAUUAGCCAGAAGAGACUUGAAGUCAGUCUUCCUUCUCCAGUUGAGACCCUUCCUCCUGUAGAACUGUGCAGCUAGCUAGUGAGGAAAAGCUUGAAGAAAACUCUCUGUAUAACCAACCUUUAUUUGCCAGUGAAAGUCCCAGUUCUUUUUUUAUUGAUUGAUAUUUAAUCUUUCAGAGAAAGGAUUUAUUGUCGUUGGACUAAUGAUUUCGUUUUUUCUCUGUCCAGUGAAUGAAUGUCAUCUUAACAUGAAAUAAUUAUGCAUUUGGUGUAAUAAUGAAAAGAGAGUCAAUGUGGGCAUUUUUACUAAUUUGUACACAAAUGCAUGUAGACCAUUGCUAAUCGCCAGGCCCCAACCCCUACUCGUUAAGACACUGAAACCAGAUGACUAAAAAAGGACGUUUUAAUCAUGAUGUCAACUUUAGCCCUGUGGGCGUGUCUACGGUGAGCAGGCAGCCAGCCCAUUAUUAUGUAGAUCUCUAGACUUUUAACCUCCUGUUAUACUUUUUCUGUCUUUUACUUAUGAGAACGGUUCUUUCUGGUACGACCACUACGUGGAGCCUGUCCCUGUUUGGCACCUUGAACACGGGUCACAGACUUAAUUGCAUGGCUUACUCAUUACUCAUGCAACCUUUCGUCUGAAUCAAUUGGCAAAUGUGGCUCAGACCGCAAGGCACGUAACAUUAAUUCCUGGUGUUAAAGCCGUAAUAUUUCCAUAGCCAUUUGGAACACAUAGGUAGCGUCUAAUUCUGCUACUUGUAGAAACACUGUUUGUGUGGUCGAGGUGCUUCAAUGGAAUUUCAAUUCAUGUUCAAAUGUUUAACUUAAGCGGAGAGGCGAUGGGUAGGAAUAUGAACUGCCGCACAAUGACACAACUCUUCCUGAGAGUUCUAAAACGUUAUGAUAUGUUGAGCUAAAUCCUGCACUUUUACUGGAGUUUGUCAAGUAGUGUUAAUCUGGAGCCCUGCAAAGGUUACACCCGUAGGUCGUGGCGGUGCAGGUAACCUUCUACAAAUUGAUUCUAGUGGAACAACAAAUGUUGUAGUGUUACAAAACCAUACAUGUUGUUUGUAUAUAACUAGAUAAACUUGGGAAGUCUAGUCUGAAAUAGAAGACAAGGAAGGUGCCUUUGGUAAUGCAAUGUGUACUCUUGUUUUUGUUAAGGAUUAUUUCAGUGAGGGGUGAGUUUUUUUGGGUUUGCCCAAUAUCUACGAUAUGCUACCAAUCAGAGCACGCAACGGUCCUAAAAUAUCAGAUCAUACAGUCAAGAGCAUGUCUUAUUUUACCAUCUAUUUUUGCUGUCUGAUGAGAAUAUAUUCUUGCCAACAUAGACAGCAGACACCCCUUUCAAUGUAGUCCAAUGUUUUUGUGACUCUAGGACCAAGAAAAUGUAUUCAAAAUAAUAGUUAAAGCAAAAUAUGAUAAGUUUUUCCAAUUUCCUGAAAUGUUUGAGAACAGGUUGUCGAACAGCAAUGCCAUUUGUUUCCACUGCAUGUUUCUCACAGUGGAAGGAGUGUCCCUGUUCUUACUGGAAGAUUGUACUGUAGAAUACUUUUCACAGAGGAUGACUUGGAUACUCGCCUUGUUGCUUUCACGGUCAACUUCCGGACAGCUGAAAAUGUUUGCUGUUGCAUUGUUAGCGUAGGCAAAGGAGGACCACAGGCAAUAAACUACAAAUAUAAAGCGGAUAUCCAGUUAGGUUCAUCAAACCAGCAAACUGGUCCUUCUGAAGCUUGCAGGAUGGGAGGUAAAGGCUUAGAGAUGUGACAUACUCUAUUCGGAUUCAUAUUUUCUCUGUACGAAAAGGGUGUUCUGUCUCCCAUUUGGUGUUUAGCUUCAUGUAAAUCUUUGUGGGAAUCUGUGAGGCUUUGGCCAUUUAGUACAUAAAUGUUUCCUCCAUCCUCUUUCCUAUCUCCAUUUCUUUUAUUCUUUAGUGUGGAGCAUGGACCAGAUAAUCAGUUUGCUGCAAAAGCUUGUCCUUUCGCAAGUAGGCUACUGUCUCUGGAUACGAAUACAUCUGUUGUUACUCCCAUCUGCUCUGUGAAUGCAAGGUUUCUGGUGUACUUUACUCUGUUUCAACCUUGCCGGGCAAAAGGAAUGAUGUUUUUGAACAAAGCCCAUCUCCCGCUCAGGUAACAUGUUGCGCCAACAGGGGGGGGUUCUCGCUGAUGUUCACUGUAGGCUAGUUAAGAGAAGCGAAGGCUCAAGGUAACGGGUGGAGAGGGAAGGCCAGUGAAAGUGCGAGGGUUUUACCGUGACAACACGGCAUUGAAAAGGGUGACCUGGUGAGAUGAAAGGGAACCACUUGACAAGUCUUUUUACUUUGGGCUAAUGCCAAUCCUGAUUUAAGCGAUACGAAUUUGGUGUUUUACAAUGAAAGGGUUUACAAUGGAGAAACGUGGAUUUGUAUAUAGUUUAUGCCUUGUGAUUGUUUAAUUCUGUGUUUGUGGUCUGCAAGGGCUCUGUUAUUAAUUGACUUCGCUGAAAUGCAUUAUGUUUACGAUUUACCUGACUGAAUGUUGGCCACAGAUGAUGUAACUUCCCCGAAUGCUCGCUAUUUGUUUGUACGAAACUGACUAGAGAGAUUUUAAGAUCUGUCAACGGUUUUGAUUACACUGCAUUGGGGUCAGUUAUUAAGAAAUCAGGAACUGAAUCCAACUCUGCAUUAUGACAUGGUCAAUUUCCAUUUCAAUUGCAUGUGUUAAGUAUUCAUGGAAUUGACACCAUUGAACAGCAGAGGCUCAGCAGGAGGUGUUGUAAAUGAGCACAUCGAACAUUCACUCUACAUGUUUUGAUGUUGCCUGGCCCUGGAUAGUUGUUUUGGGAAAGACACGUGAGGGGGUGAAACACGCUUUCAUAGCUGCUUGUUUGCUAGUUGGCACGUAUUACCUGUGGUAUGCCAAACAGAUACGUAAGUAUGCAGGACCUUAAGUCACAUACAGUAAGUGACUUAAGGGGUCGCUUAGGGCCCCCGACCGCUAGGGGACCCCUGACUGCAAUGGGAGAGGGCCCCCAAGUCAGAUUUUGCUUAGGGCCCCCAAAAGGCUAGACUCGGCCUUGUAUGUAUGCAUAUUGAAUGGGGAUGCGGUGUGCACCCUAAAAUAAUACAUCACAGCUUAUCUAUUAUCUUGCUACGUACUGUAGACGAUAAGCUCUGAGAGCCCAGCAUUUAAAGCAAUAAUGAACCCCACUUAUGAAAGGUUUUAGCCCCCUGUGGCAGUAAGACGAGACAUCAUUGGUCACCGUUAAGCUCAUAGGCCCCUCAAUGUGAACUUUACUUAUACCCGAAACAAUGUGUAUUACGGAGUUGUGAUAAUACUUUAUUUAAAGACAAUAAUAGUUGAGUCGAUAACCUUUCCCCUGAAUAGUCAAGGUUAGUUGUAGGACUUUUGAACAAGCAGCGCACAAACUUCACAUGUAACACCUCUGGAUGGUGGUUCAGUCACUUGGUUGAAUCACUUUACUAAUGUGAACAACGAUGUUGUACACUAAAAUGACGCAUACCAACUGCAAAACUUAUUUUAGACUACACAACCUUUAUGAAUUGAACAGGAUGCCUUUUAAAGCACUGUAGCGUUUUCUUAGUGAGUUUUUUGAUGUUGUGCAUGUUAGCUGAGGCCCAUGUAGCAUGGCCGCCAAUAGAACCCACUGAGAGUCGUAGCUAUGUCAUUGAAAUAAUCAUUCACAUUUUUGUUUUCUUAAAAGAGCACUUGAAUUUAAUAAGUCACCAGCUGCUGGACAAAAAAAAAAAACAUGCCACUCUUUAUUUCUGCUUCCAUAGAACAAAAUAAUAUUCAAGAUGUUGUCAUGCACAUUUUGUUUGUUUUUAAAUAAAUUAAUGAUAGAAUAACA